AGUUGUGCUGAGUUUUGUUCGGGGAGCCAAGACAGUCAGCUCGCCGAUCUCACAUUAGCGCUCCGAGGGCGCUAAUAGGAGAUCGGCGGGCCUGACCGUCUUGGGCCACCGAAUAAACUGUCCUAGCUGCCCGAUCCCGGCUGGCCCCAAGGGUAAUUCGUGACGAGACAAAUGCGACAGUAACCAUUGGAGGCAGCCGUGUGUAACCCAAAAUGGAUUCCUUACUUGAAAAUGAUGUUGCACAUGAAAACAUAAACCACUAUGAUCGUCAUGGUGCAGGUAUCGAAGCACCAGUGAGUUGUUUAAUUGGCUGGCUAACUAUAAAGCUGACGUUAGACAUGAUGGAAACACAAGUCUGUUGUUGUUAACGAUAGUUGGUAACACUAUUUUGACCCAGAUAAUAAAGCUCUUUUGUUGAAAAACCGGAUCAGCCACCACCUCCCCCCCACCCACAAUAAGCUCUUGGGUUGGGUUGUGAUCAGACCAGCAACAGAUAUCUCAGCUGUCACUUCUUCAGACGAGACGGGUAACGUUACAGGCUCUUCUCUUGGAAGUACUCCGAGUUGGCCAUGAUGUUGGCAAGGCUGCCAGUCCUAUGCGGAUUUGCCAUAAUAGCGGCCAUGUUGGUGCUCAGUUUGCUUGUGUCUUUGCCUCACAUAAACGAUGAAAGGCUGUACGAUAUAGCACCUUACCUACGUGUCUCAUCGUCAAUAAAGUCAAAGUCAAAGUGUCUGUAAGCCUAACACCAACAUUGGUUUCAUCAAAACCCACAAGACAGGAGGCAGCAGCGUCAUGCAAAUUUUCCAGCGCUUCGGCUAUCUUCGCAAUCUCUCGUUCUUGUUGCCGAGCGGAAAGUCCAUCGGACAAUUGUAUCCGUACGGCAUUCGCGACCGUAAGUACCUCCCGCCGAUUGAGGCCGGGAGACCGUUCGACAUCUUGGCACAUCACACGGUCUAUGAUAGAGCGGGGAUAACACAACUGCUCUCUGCUAACGUUACAUUUGUUACCAUCGUCAGGGAACCGAUGGAACGGCUAAAGUCUGCCUUUAAUUUUUACAAGCUGGCAAAGAGGUACAAAAUUCCGGGACCAGACCCCCUGCUAAGGUUCCUGGAAAACCCAGGAAAAUUUGAACAUCCCAUCACAAGAUACCGCGAUCGUCAAACAAGAAAUAACAUCGCCUUAGAAUUGGGUUUUCCCCUGAAGAAUCUAUCAUCCGUAAAGGAAAAGGACAUCCAGGAAUUUGUCGAGAAGACUUCGCGAGAGUUUGACCUCGUGAUGGUGCUGGAGUAUUUCGAUGAGUCCUUGGUGCUGCUGAGGCGGCUGCUGUGUUGGGACAUGCGAGACAUUCUCAACUUUAAAUACAACAGCUUUCAGUACGGGAAACUGGGAAAUACGUCAUUCUCGGAGAAGCUGAUACAAAACUAUCGCCAGCACUCCGCCAUUGACUACACUCUGUACGAACACUUCAACAACACAUUGUGGAGGAAGAUCAACAUGGCUGGGAGCGACUUCCGGAAAGAGCUUUUGGCUUCUUAGCAGCUUGCUUUCAUACUGUCUGGGACUUUUAUAGUACAGUACUGCAACAUUCAAGUAAACUUAGGGGCUGGGAUUGAGAUGAUAUUAAAUUUUUUUUUCUUGCAAUGAAACAGAAGACAUUUCUUUAUGAGUGGCACUAGCUGUUCUGUAGUUUCCAUGAGCGGUGCUUUAUUUCCAGCUAUAAGAUGAGCAUGUCUAAGAUGACGAAUGUACUAUCUUCUGUGGUAUUAGAUUAUUUCAAAUUGUCACUGCCAGGUCAACCUCUCCUGUGAAAAUAACAAUGUGCUUUUUACAUACCAACACUCCUAACACCAAUUAUUUCAUGCUGUCCCAGUUUUACAGUCAACAGAAACUUUGGAUAACAGAAUAACUUAGAGCUGCACAUCUGAAUGCAACUGUUUACCUGUUACUCAAAAACAUUGCAUUAUAAUAACAUUUCAGAUCAUUCAUACUAGAAAACACGUAUGCUAGUGAUAAAUUCAUUACCUUACAUUGACAUAAGACCCUGUUAAAGACUAUAAAAUUUCUUGCAAUAGCUCCACUUCAUCAGGCUAAUUCAGACAAACAUCUUUUUCAUUGUGAGAUACUCUUAAGACUAGCCUGGGUACCAUCCACCGUGGCUCAAUCUGUGGUCAGAGAGCAAAAAGACUGUGCCUGCAGUUGCUACAGAGGAAGGUACCCAGGCUAGGCCUAGGAAAAAAAAUGUUGUGUUUCCUGUUUCCCUACCUACCCUAAAAAAACCUGCCGACCCUAGACUUUUUUUGGGUUGGGCAGUGGAG